AUGUCUCGCUUCAGCCAGGCCCUCCUCGUGGCUGCUGCCCUGCCCUUGACCAAGUUGGCUGGCGCUCAGACGAUAACUGUCGAUGAUGCAGUGAUUGACGCCAACGAGUCGACUGUUGCCCCAGCUGCUGAAGCACUGGCUGGCGAUCUUCUGAAAGAGGAGAGCUUCCAGCUGACUGACACUAUCCUGGCAAACCUCACGGACCUCUCGCUGACGAACAUUUCUCUGUUUGAAUUCGACACCACUUCAUCCGGAGAGAAGCGCUCUGGCUCGGCCCGAGCCUUCAACAAGUGCAAGACCUAUCCUGGUGACCUGCUGUGGCCUAGCAAAGCCGUGUGGGAUGUCUUCAAUCUGCUCACUGGUCUUGCCGUCAGCGAGACUGUCCCUAUUGGUGCUUCUUGCUUUGAUGAGUUUGGCAACUAUGACGCUGCUCGUUGCGCAUACAUCAGCCAGGAGUGGGCGAAUUCCACUAUCCACACCGAAGACCCAACAUCGGUCAUGAGUCCCUUAUAUCAAGGCCUGACGUGCAUGCCUCCGUCCGUUAACAACAUUUCUGCCGGAGCUUGCACGGUCGGUGGCUUCCCGUCCUAUGUUGUCAAGGCCACGAACAUCGCCCAGAUACAGUUGGCCGUCAACUUCGCUCGGAACCUCAACCUUCGUCUCGUCGUGAAGAACACUGGCCACGACUUCAACGGCCGAUCAUCCGGAUCGGGUGCUCUUUCAGUAUGGACCCACAAACUGAAGAGCAUCAACUUUUACAACAGCUACAAGACCAGCUCAUACUCAGGGCCAGCACUCAAGGUCGGUGCCGGCGUGCAGGGUUUUGAACUCUAUGAAGCAGCUGAGAAGUACGGAGUUACGGCUGUUGGAGGAGAGGGCAUGACUGUUGGCUAUGCCGGAGGCUACCUUGCUGGCGGUGGACAUUCUCCGUUGUCACCCAAGUAUGGUAUUGCCGCUGACUCGGUCCUCAGCAUUGAUGUUGUGACUCCUGAUGGCCGUUUCGUAACCGCCAACGAAAACCAAAACACUGAGCUCUUCUGGGCUCUACGGGGUGGUGGUGGCAGCACAUUUGGUGUUGUGACAUCGUAUGUGGUCAAAGCUUAUCCUAAGCUUGACAACGUUGCUGUCAUGACCUUUUCCUUCAGCACCAGCGAGAACGUCACCCAUGAUGCUUUUUGGGCUGCUGUGAAGGCGUACUGGGAGGGAUUGCCAACUUACAACGAGGCCGGUAACUACGAAUACUGGAAUAUCUUCCACACCGGGCCGGAAACCCUCACUUUCACCAUGCUCCCCUGGUUUGCCCCCAACAUGACCCUCCAAGAGCUGAAGGACCUUACUGCCCCUCUCUUCACAAAGUGGGCGGAGCUCGGAGUCAAUGUCGCUCCCGUCUACUCUGAGCACAAGAGCUUCCUGCCCGCAUGGAAAGCAGGUUUCCCGAAGGAGGCUGUCGGCGGUACUGCCGCUAAGACAGCCUGCCGUCUCUUCCCUACUGAGAACUUCGUCGAUGCCACCAAGUUUAACGCCACUUUCGAGGCACUCAAGGGCCUGAGUGACAAGGGCGGCGAGAUCAUCGGGUUCGGAAUCACUGGUGGCCCCGGACCCUACCCAGAUAACGCCGUAAACCCGGCGUGGCGUGGAGCCGCCAUGUUUGCCAUCUCGGUAAUUGGAUGGCCUGUCGGUUCUUCUAUGGAGGUCGCCGCGGAAAGAUCUAAGACGUUGACCAACGACUGGAUGCAGCCAUGGCGGGAUGUAACUCCCGGUGGUGGUGGCUACGCCAGCGAGGGUGAUGUCACUGAGCCCAACUUCAAACAAUCUUUCUACGGAACGGAAAAGUACGAUCGUCUUCUUUCUCUGAAGAAUAAGAUCGAUCCUACUGGUGUGUUCUACGCGAACAUGGGCGUCGGGAGCGACAGCUGGUACGUCACGCGGCAACUCGAAGGGCUUCCUACUCAGAAUGGGCGCCUCUGCCGGCUGUAA